CGCGUCCCGCGGCUUCGGCUCUUUUGCUUCGGUCGCCUUCGGCUUUAUCGCUGAAGCGCAUGACGACAGCGGACAUUGUUCUUCUCGGCGUGCCUGUUUCGUCAUUCUAAUUUCACCGGACUGUUUUCGCGAAAUUGGGGUAGAUGACCCACUGGGUCAGCACAAUGAUUGAUGCCCCCCUCAGCUCGGAGUUGGUGGGUCAAACCAUCAACUUCCAUGGUCCUCAACUCCAGAAGAUAUGGGAGGGGGAACGUGGAGAAGUCGACCUUCAAAACAUGGCCAUAAAGUCUGACUUCAAUUCUUUCCAGCAGCGCCAGAAAACUCUAAACUUCCAGGAUAGAGGCAAACGACUGAAAGUCCAACAAUUCAUCGUUAGAAAUGCCAACUCUCUAUUCGACUUGUCGUUUACAGAGGGUCAUUCUGAAGCACGUAAAUUGCCUGGAGAAGAAGAUUGCUAUGCUGCCUUGCCUCCUUUUGAAACUUUCCUUUCCCUGGAUCGAACAAGCAGAGUUCGCCACUUCUUUCAGAACUGUAAAUUAGGCAAUGUCGUCAUUGGAACCAUCUUAUCCAAGACUGCAAAUGGCCUCAUGGUGAAAGUCCUUAGCAUCGAAGAUGGAGACAGAAUACGAUUUGUUGGUGAUCUUCAAAUUAAGGCAUUUUGUCCAGUGAUAAACCUCAUCCCAGCAGUUGACAAGAAAAAGGUGUCGCGCACAUACUUGCUGAAUGACGCUGUUUGCUGUGAAGUUAUCGAGGUGGUGCCUGAGGCAGACAAGCUUGUCCUUGGCAUGAAGGGGACAAUGCUGCCUCCUGGUUCAGAUCAGCACUCAAGACUUGGUCUUACCUUCACUGAAGAUUUCCCUGAUGUCUUUAGGCAGAUUCAUGAUCACCACAAUGAGUCAUACGAUGCCCUGUUGAAAAGCAAUGUUGCUUUCAACAAUCCUGGUAGCACGACUUAUUUGGCUACUUCAAUGGGUCUUCAAAACAAGAAUUACUCUCACAUUGGCGGCCUAAGGGCUCGUUUUCCUGAGCCGGAGUAUGCUUCUGAACUGCGGCAAGUUCAAGCAGGGAAGUGGGCCUUCCGCAGCGUCGCUGAUGGUAUAGAACACUUCAAAGCUGGCAGACACACCGAAGCCUUCCAGUGUCUCAACAAGGCUCUGAACAUUGAUCCACGUAAUAUAGAGGGCCUGGUUGCUCGUGGGGCAUUAUAUGCAAACAGUGGCAGCUUCAGCAAGGCGAUUGAAGACUUCGAGGCCUCUUUAAAACUAAACCCUAAUCACCAAAAUGCCCGCAAGUACAUGGGGGAAACAUUGGUGGCUCUUGGAAGGAGCUAUGAAGAUGACAACAAGUUGGAUGAGGCCAUGAACUCUUAUGAGAAGUGCCUUUCAAUUAUGCCCUACCAUGAAGAAGCCACCAACUCCAUCCAGUUCAUCAAAAAGAAGAUGACUGAUGUGUCAGGACUCCCAGGCAUCACUCCAACCAAAUCCCUUGAAAUGAAGGAGACCCUGAAACAACUGCUGAAGGUUGAUCAGGAGGAAGAAGAGGACAAGGAUAAGCACAAGCGCAAGUCUAAGAAAAAGAAAGAUCGCAAGUCUCGUAAGCGGCGUCAUCGGUCAAGCUCUAGCAGCAGCUCAUCUUCAAGUGACAGCUCCAGGAGUUCCUCUUCCUCUUCAUCAUCCUCGAGCUCUAGUUCUGGAUCUUCCCACUCAGGAUCAUCUCGCUCCCGUUCACAUUCGCGGAAAGACCGCAAGAAGAGAAGGAAGAGCAAGAGCAAAAGCAAGGAUGGUAGGGACAAGUCUUUGUCUCCAUUCAGCAAACGAAUGGCUAUGAUGGACAACCCUGAGGCAGAUGGUUCUAUGAGCCAGAAGAUGCCUCAGUAUAAUGCACCACAACUAUCAGCAUAUCCAUAUUAUCCUACUGCCCAACAGAAAGAGUCCGAUUAUGAGCAGAAGGUACGCUCCUUCAUUGAACAAACCAAAGGGGAUGGUGAUUAUGAAGACAAGGUUCGCAAAUUCUUGGAAGAAACUGCUCGCUGGAAAAAGGAGAAGAAGACCAUGGAUGAUAAGGCUUCAAAGAAAAAGAAGAAGAAAGAAAAGAAAUCUCACGACAAGGAAAAGAGCAAGAAAAAGAAGAAAGACAAGAAGCAUAGAAAGAGUCGCUCUGGUGAUAAAGAUGGUGAUAAGUUCAGUGAUACUGAAAUUGAUGUGAGGAGGCGUGAAGUGGAUGCAAUGCUCCAGAGAAGAGUUGAAGCUGAGGAAGAGUUCUUGUAUGGUGGACCAGCUAAAGAACCUGCUUCUCGAGAACCAGGCUCUGCUGAAAAGAAUACUUUAAGAUUGCUGAAUCUUGAUGGCCUCAAAGGACUUGAUGAUCUUGAGUCCAAGCUGACUGCUUACUAUGCAAAGGUUGAGAACACAGGUCUUUCCAAGAGGCACAGCACUGGUUCCAAAUCUGCAGAGAAGUCCAAAGACAAAUCCAAGUCAUCGCCUAAAGCAAGCAGAAUUCUGGAUGAUAAAAUGGAUGACGAUGAUGAUGACAUGCACCUUCGCGACAGGUCACCAUCACCACAAAGACCUAUGAUGUCUGGUUGGAAAAUGCAAAUACCAUCUGUGGGCUCAUCGUUGAAGAAAAAGGAAAGCAAAAUGGACACGAGCAAGGAGCACUGGGACGACGGUGAUGAGCCUCAGUACAAGAACGACUCGAAGGGCGAAGAGGAGUUCAGCAAGAAGCGGCGCUCUUUCGGCAUGGACAAGAGGGGCAAGAUGGACGACAAGAACCGCGACGACUCUCCCGACAUUCCCUCAAAGGAGGCCAUCAUGGAGCGCGGGCGCAGGAACCUGAGGCACCAGUCCCGCAGCCGGAGCCGCAGCCGCUCGUCCGACUCCGCCAAGCCGCCCAUGAAGAAGGAGAAGAAGAUGCGGUCGCGCUCGAGGUCCUCGAGCAGCCGGUCGCGCAGCCGGUCCCGCGGGCGCAAGUACAGCCGCGGCUCCAGCGCGUCCAGCUCGCGCUCGGCCGCCUCCUACAAGAAGGGCUCGCCGGCCGGCAAGAAGCCUGGCUCACCCGACAGGGAGCGUUACCGCUCGCGGUCGCGGUCGUACAAGGACUACCGCAGCUCUGCGUCGCGCUCUCGCAGCCGCUCGCACGACAGGCGCUCGUACUACUCGCGCAGCCGCUCGUACGACCGCAGCCGCUCUCGCUCCAGGGACUACCGCCGCAGCCGCUCUCCCGACCGGCGCCGCGACUACCACGGCAAGUACCAGGGCCGCUUCCCCAGGCAGCGUGGCACCUACUACAAGCCCAGGUUCCAGAACUACAAGAACCCGAGAGGCAACUUCCAGAGGGGUCGCGGCCGCGGCUACAACCCCAGGUUCCAGAACUACAGAGGGCGAGGCUUCAUCCCCAGGGGCCGAGGCAGAGGCAGGUUCAACAACUUCAAGCCCGGCUACAACAACCGCGACAACUACCGCAGCUACGACAGGCGGAGGUCCUCUCGCGACAGGGACAGCGCCGACCGGGCCAGCAGCUACGAGGAUGACCCCAUGCGGAAGGUGAACGCCGAGAAGGACAGGAUCAACAAGUACAUUGAGGAGAGCGGUAGCAAAGAUGACCCGGACAGGAGCAAGACUCCCAGGAGAAAUGAACCGCUGAGCGAGGGAGAAGAGAGGGAUGAUGACGACUACCAGAGUCGCCAGGGAGCCUCUCCCGACGAGAACUUCCGCGGCAACCACUGGAAGAAUGAAGGUAAAUGGGCCGACAAGGAGAAGGAGUCGGAGGACAACCCAGAAGAGGUGGAAGACAUGGACAAAUUCUUCAGCAAAGUGAAGGCGUCCAAAGAACUGAAGGAUAGAAAGUCUGCCACUAAGACUUGGCAAUGAGGUUACCCUUUCCCUUAUUUUAAUCUUAGGUCAAAACUAGUUCCAUUAAAAGAAAAAAAAAACUUAGUCUAUGCAUAGUUUUUCAAAUGUACUCUGUACUGUAUUUAGUACAGGGCUCUUUCAUGUCUAUCAAAUCUCUUUUGUCAUCUUUUUUUUUAUUUUAGCACAUUUGUUUGUAUGUUUUCACUUUAUUUCAAUGCUUGUGUUCCUUUUUACAUUUGAUGGAAGAAUAGUGGUCCAGUGCUGUGUGGGUCUUGGAAAUCUGUCUAUUCAUUUUCUAAAUGAACAGUAUUAGUACAUUUUGGGAUUUCAACUAAUUUUUAACAUAUCCUCUGUGGGAUGUCUCCGCCAAUGAAUUUAACUAUGUUGAUGUGUAUAAUUUAGAAACUAGGCACAGUUUGUCUUAUUUUAUGGCAAUUCAAAGAAAUUGUGGGUGUAGAAGGUAGAGCUUUAUUGCAAUCACUGUGACUUGACUGCAUUGAAACUCAAUGUAAGUGUAUUUGUUUAAGAAACCAGCAUUUAAUGUGAGUGACGAAGGUAUAGAUUUAGGGAACUUGAACUUCCUCUGUACUCUGAUAGUAAUAAAGGAACUUAAAAACCA